AUGCUGAGACGACUGCUACCAUUACUGGCACUCUGUGCCUUGGCACAGAGUCAAUGUCCCUUUACGAGGCCCAUGGUCGAGGGAACGACUCGAAUUGUGAUGGUGCGUCUUCGCAAUCGGCAGAUGAUGCUGAAGCGGACGGCCAGUUCCGCUGUGGGAGAGUCGCUCCAGCUGUGGUGCAACCCGCGGGACGUUCGCCCGGUCACCUGCCAGCGCGGCCAGAGGCCAUCAUUUGUGCCUCCAUUACCGAUGACAUGCCAGACUCCGCCUGUGGCAGUCACAAUACCAGUGUCAGAUCGACGCUGCAGGGCCACCAUGCUCCGCGUCGGCUACAACAUUGGCAGGGGACAAUUCCUGGAGCUCUAUCGUGGCUGCUUCGACAGGCGGGCCGUGCGAGCUCAUUGGAUCGAGCAUCAGGUUUAUGCCAAGCCUUUCUAUGCCACACGCCCUUGUGUGCGAUUCACCUCCGACGGCGUCAUCUCGGGGGCGGACGAGGCCAGUUACUUGACGCGCAACAUUCAUGCCACCUUCCGCCGCCUGUUCGGCAACAAUCAGAACUAUGUGCCCAACAAUCGGGAUGUGAUCAUCAAUCGUGGCCACCUAGCCGCCUCGGCCGACUUCCUCUUCGGUGAUCAGAUGUGCGCCACCUUCAAGUACGUGAAUGUUGUGCCGCAAUUUAAGAGCAUCAACGAUCGCAACUGGGAGGCCAUCGAGCGUUGGGUGCGUAACUCAGUGCGGGGCAAUCGAUUCGUUAAUGUGCGCACAGGUGCCAGCGGUAUCCUCUCGCUGCCCGCUGCCAACGGGCAAAGGCAAGUCUUCCUGAGCGGCAAUCGCAAUCCGGUGCCCCUCUGGAUGUACAAGAUUGUUCGCGACUCAAACAAUCGUCCCCUAGUGGCAUUCCUCACCCUCAACAACAUCUUUGCCCGCCAGCGUCCCGCACCGCCGGCCUUCUGUCAGGCCGUCAAUUGUCCCAUACAAUUGGCAGGCGCGGCUGCUGAUGGCUUCACCUUUUGUUGCAACCCCGCCACCUUUAAUCCACCCAAUUGA